GCCCAAAGAGACUCUUGUCAAUGACCUCAAGUACCGAGUUGCAUACUGUGCUGCUAAUAAAUUCAUUAUCGUCUCCGGCAUCAAUCGUCGGCUAUACCAAUCCCACUUGAUUUCGCUGCCUCCUGGUCGUUGUGUUUUAAUUGAUUAUUCUUCUUCUUCUCCUUUGCUAUCGUCCCUCAUCCUCUGUCACAUAUCACACCCUUUCCCAGCUCGCCCUCUCACACCCCCGCGAGUUGUUUUCGAUCCCUCCUCCUCCACAUCACCCGCAUGCGCCGCAGUUGAGAAAGAUGGUCCAGGAGCUUCGUUUUGACAACCAGACCGUAGUGGUCACUGGUGCAGGAGGUGGUCUGGGCAAGGCAUACGCCCUCUUCUUUGCUUCGAGAGGCGCCAAUGUCGUCGUCAACGAUCUAGGAGGAUCUUUCAAGGGUGAAGGUGCCGGCACCAAGGCGGCAGAUGUGGUCGUCGAUGAGAUCAAAAAGGCUGGCGGCAAGGCCGUGGCCAACUACGACAGCGUCGAGAAUGGUGAAAGAAUCAUCCAGACAGCCAUCGACAACUUCGGCCGCGUCGAUGUACUCCUCAACAAUGCCGGCAUCCUCCGAGACAUCAGUUUCAAGAACAUGAAAGAUUCUGACUGGGACCUGAUCAACACGGUACACAUCAAGGGUGCCUACAAGUGUGCGAGAGCUGCGUGGCCACACUUCAGGAAGCAAAAGUACGGCAGAGUCAUCAACACCGCCUCCGCCGCCGGUCUGUUUGGCAGUUUCGGUCAGUGCAACUACUCGGCCGCCAAACUGGCCCAAGUCGGCUUCACGGAGACGCUGGCCAAGGAGGGUCAAAAAUACAACAUCCUGUGCAACGUCAUUGCGCCCAUCGCUGCCAGCCGCAUGACCGAAACCGUCAUGCCGCCGGAUGUGCUGGCCAACCUGAAGCCGGAGUGGGUUGUUCCCCUCGUGGCUGCGCUGGUGCACCCAUCAAACACGACGGAAACCGGGUCCAUCUUCGAGGCCGGCGGUGGUCACGUCGCCAAACUGAGAUGGGAGCGUGCAAAGGGCCUGCUGUUGAAGGCCGAUGACACGUACACCCCAGGUGCCAUUCUGAAGAAGUGGGAUUCCGUCAUUGAUUUCUCCGAGCCUGAGUAUCCUAGUGGCCCGGCAGACAUGGUUACAAAACUCGAAAAUUCAUUGAAGAUGGGCAGCAACGACAAGGGAGAAGACAUUCGAUUCGACGGCAAGGUGGUGCUUGUCACAGGUGGUGGCGCUGGUCUCGGCCGCGCAUACUGCUUGGCCUUUGCCAAACGGGGUGCGUCCGUGGUUGUCAACGAUCUUGUCAAUCCUGAUACUACCGUUCAAGAAAUCCAGAAGCUCGGAGGCAAGGCCGUUGGCAACAAGGCUGAUGUUCAGGAUGGUGAUGCUGUCAUCAAGACCGCCAUCGACAACUUUGGCAGAAUCGAUAUCUUGAUCAACAACGCCGGUAUCCUCCGUGACAAGGCUUUUACCAACAUGACCGACAAGCAGUGGGACGAUGUUAUCAAUGUUCACUUGCGUGGUACCUACAAGGUCACCAAGGCCGCGUACCCCUACAUGGUGAAGCAGAAAUAUGGCCGCAUCGUAAACACCACCAGCACAAGUGGUAUCUAUGGCAGUUUCGGCCAGGCCAACUACGCCGCAGCAAAACUCGGUAUCCUAGGCUUCUCUCGCGCUCUUGCGCUCGAAGGCCGCAAGAACAACAUUUUCGUCAACACCAUCGCCCCUAAUGCCGGAACCCAGAUGACACGGACAAUCUUGCCAGAGGAACUGGUACAGGCUUUCAAGCCCGAUUAUGUUGCCCCGCUUGUUCUUCUCCUCUCGUCGGACAAGAUGCCCGAUCCGCCAACAGGUCUUCUGUUCGAGGUCGGCAGCGGCUGGCAGGGACGGACGAGAUGGCAACGGUCCGGCGGCCACGGCUUCCCUGUUGAUGUCAAAUUGACUCCUGAACACGUCGUGGAGAAAUGGUCCAAGAUCAUCGACUUCAACGACGGCCGUGCAGAUCAUCCAGAAGGUGGUCAAGACGGCCUCAAGUCCAUCAUGGCCAACAUGGAAAACAAGAGCAAGAAAUCAUCCGGCUCAGAUUCGACCGACUAUCUUGCUGCCAUUGAGAAAGCCAAACAAGCCAAGUCCGACGGCACAGAAUUCAGCUACGACGACCGAGAUGUCAUUCUCUACAACCUGUCCCUGGGCGCGAAGAGAACGCAACUGCCACUCGUGUACGAGAAUGACGACAACUUCCAGGUUCUGCCGACUUUUGGUGUCAUUCCCUUCUUCAAUGCCCAAGCUCCAUUCUCAAUGGAUGAGGUCCUCCCUAACUUCUCUCCCAUGAUGCUUCUUCAUGGUGAGCAAUACUUGGAGAUCAGGAAAUUCCCUAUCCCCACAAAGGCCAAGACGCUGUCAUAUCCCAAACUCAUCGAAGUCGUUGACAAGGGUAAUGCCGGUAUCGUGGUUACAGGAAUUACCACCAAGGAUGCCAACACUGGCGAAGAUUUGUUCUACAACGAGUCCACCGUCUUUGUCCGUGGGUCAGGCGGAUUUGGCGGACCCAAGAAGGGUGGCAACCGUGGUAACGCCACCACAGUCUACCAAGUACCCAAGCGUGCACCUGAUGCCACGGUGGAGGAGAAGACAUCGGAUGACCAAGCUGCACUCUACCGGUUGAACGGUGACCGCAACCCUCUGCACAUCGACCCCGAGUUCAGCAAGGUUGGUGGUUUCAAGGAUCCCAUCUUGCACGGUUUGUGCUUCUUUGGCUUCAGCGGUAAGCACAUUGUCCAAAGCUUUGGUCAAAUCAAGAACAUCAAGGUUCGUUUCGCUGGCACUGUCAUCCCAGGCCAGACUCUGGUGACGGAAAUGUGGAAGGAGGGCAACAAGGCCAUCUUCCAGACAAAGGUCAAGGAGACUGGCAAGUUGUGUAUUGCCGGAGCUGGUGCCGAACUAGUGGGUUCAGCCAAAUCAAAAUUGUAAAAUCUACAAGUAGCCCGGGAAAAUGGUUGAUUUGAUUGUUUAGCAUAUAGUCCGACUGUUUAACUGGUGUAAUGUCAUAGAACUUGCAACUGCCUGGGUAUGCUCUCUCUCUGGUGACCUGUAAGAUGAAAACCAACAAGCACAUCUCAAAGGGACGAGGGACUCCGGAUAGGACAUGCCGAUGGAAAAGAGGAAGUCCUCCACGGCAGGACUCCAUUAAGA